AUGGCAUUAGCUAACGGUGUUCGAUUUAUCUGGCUUGAUACACAUAUUGGUCGGGAUGGAGAGUAUCAGGAAUUCAAAAGAAGGUUUCAAAACACCUUAGAAGAAACUGCAGCAGUUCCACCAGUUCCACAGGAUCCAAUCAAUGCACUUAUUUUGGCUUUAGAACUAAAUGGUGCACCAUUUUUGUUCGCUCAUGAAGCUGCUCAAGCAGUAAAGCUUAUUAAAGAUCAUCAUGAUAAACAAAUUAUUUUUAUUACAUCAGGAUCUCUUGGACAACAUAUAAUUCCAAAUAUACUUGCUUCUUAUCCUUAUGUUUAUCGAUUCUAUAUUUUUUGUAAUUAUAUAGAAAAUUAUACUGAACUCGGUAUAGAAUACAGUUCUUGUUUACAAAUGUUUAAUCAUGAAACAGAUCUACUUGUUCGACUUACACGUGAUAUAUCAAAAGAUAUUAUUAAACAAGGAGAAAUAUAUAUGAAUAUAUAUGAUCUAGGAAAUGCUCUAAAAUGUUUUGAACAUGCUGUUACUUUGAAUGUCAAAGCAAAUCAAAUAUGUCUUCCAGAAGAUAUUUCUUGGGAUUCUCUUAGAAAGUUGAAUGGCCAUGGAAAUUCUAUUGGAUUAAUUCAGCAAGCAAGAGAUAUGCAGAAUCAAGAACAACAAUAA